UAAUGAAAAAAUUUGAAUAGUAUAUUCAGAUUUAUGGAUUAGUGAUAAUUGCUUUUUCAUAUGUUUCUGUCCUCAAUACAAAUAAACAUGACAGUAACCUUAUUAACAUUAGUGAAACUGGAGCUAGUGUUGUACAUAUCUUACCUAAAUAUUACGCUACUGCAAAUCAAGGAAAAUCUGAAAAAGAUCUUGAUUAUAAAUAAUUGAGAAUCAAUUUUGGAAAUUAUAGCGAUUAUGAAUUCUAGACUUAUAUAGGGAAAGGGGCAUCAGGUCAUGCUUAUUUAGGAAUAUAAAAAUCAACUAAAAAUAAGGUUGUAAUUAAGACUUUUAAGAGUCUGAAAUGGAACAGUAUUAAAAGAGAAAUUGUGUUUAUGCAAACAGUUUAAGGACAUGACUUAAUUUCACCAUUAGUAGAUAUUAUAAGAAACAAUAAUUCUGUAUCAUUAGUAUAUAAUAGAUAUAUAGUCUUUCCAACAUCUUAAUUGAUAAAGACAAUGACAGAUAAUGGUAAUAAGUUAUUCCUAUAUCAAACCCUUAAAGUAUAUUGAUUUAUAUAAUUUAGGCAUUAGAUUAUGUUCAUUCCAAAGGUGUAAUUCAUGGAGAUAUUAAACCAGCCAACAUUAUAGCUAAUCCAAAAACUAAACUAUUUAAAUUAAUAGAUUGGGGAUUGAGUAUGUAUUAUGUACCAGGUAGACCAAAGAACCCUUCAGUUGGAACUAAGUAUAAUUAUUAAUGAUACAGAUCUUAUCAAUCUCCAGAAAUAUUAUUGAGAUACCAGUAUUAUGAUUAUUAAAUAGAUGUAUAUGCAGUAGGAUUUAUGUUUGCUUAAAUGGUAUAAUAACUUAUUAUGAAUAUAUUAAAAGAUAUUUAAAGAGAAUAAUCCAUUUAAAGGUACUAAAAAAUUGGGGAAGGAAAAAGUCUAAUAUAUGCAUCGUAUAGCAAGAGUGUUUGGUACAGAAGGUCUGAAGGAAGUUGCUUAGAAAAUGAAUAUAAAUUAGGAUUUUAGUGAUUUUCCAAAUUAUGAACCUGUCAAUUUAAAUAAAUUUGUUAAUGCUGAUAAUUAAUAGUAUUGUUAAUCUGAUGCUUUGGAUCUAUUAUAGAAAAUGAUGUAAUAUGAUGCAGUAAUAAUUAAUUUAAAUUUACAUUAGAAAAAAAGAAUAACUCCAAAGGAUGCUUUAAAGCAUCAAUAUUUUGAUUCUAUUAGACAUUAAUUUGAAUGA